CGGGGCUGACCGAGAGCCGCCCACAGAGUGGUCCCGGGGCUCCGGCCGGCAAGACACCCGCGACGGGCGAGAGCACGCGUCCGCGGCGCUUCCCGAGGGGGCGGUGCAGGGAGCGGCGGCGGCGUGCGCUCCGCAUGGGGGGGUCGCGGCUGCGGAGGGACACGGCGGCAGCCUAGGGUUUUGUCCUUCCGAGGUAUAAAAGAUGCCAAGUCCAGAUAGAAGCAAGCGGAAGAUACUAAAAGCCAAAAAAACAAUGCCUGCGAGUUGCCGGAAGCAAGUGGAGAUCCUGAAUAAGUCAAAGAAUGCCAAAGCACUGAAGACAGCACCUGGGAACAAUGUGUCAAGUGGUAAUCAGAAUUCAAGUAUUGGUGUCAUGAAAAGCAAAUACGGACAUUCUGAAAAUGGCGCUUCCUUAUUGGACUCUAACAAAAAUUCAAUAUGCUCAGAGAAAAAUAAAGUAUUUUCUCAGAAUGUAAUGAAACCACUAGAAAUUGCUGAUUCAGAAACAAGAUUGGAAUACACUGAAGAACAAGUUGUGUGCCCUUACCAAAAGCCAAGUAAAACAAUAGAUUCUUCCAGGAAACUCUUUACACAAGAGGCAAAAGAUUCACAAAACACUUCUGAAAACCAUAUUGAAUGUCCGACAGAUGUAGCAAGAUCCUAUUUUGAACAAUAUGAAGAAGAUUGUAAUCUGAAAUCCAUUUGUUGUCCAUUCAGUGUCUGGAGUGGUAUGGUUCAAAUGCCAAAAACUACAGUAAACCAUACCUUGGAUGAUAACAGAAUCAACAAGAUAGUUUCCUAUUUAGAAUCAAACUCCAACUCUGAGUCAUGUGAUAAAAGUCAAGGUGACUUUUUAAGUUCAGAUACCCGUUUUGUGCCUAUUGAUAAAAUACCUAAGUUGGUGAAUUCAGUCAUUUCCAGUAACUGUGCUGCCGACAUUUUGAAAAGUGAAGAAUCCUGUAGAACCUGUCAUUCCAGCAUUUCAAAUUGUGAAGGUAUAGACUCAACACAGCAGUCAGCACUUGACACUGAUAGUGAUAACAGCCAUCAUCAAAAGAAGAGGAUGUUUUCAGAAAACAAAGAAAAUGUUAAGCGCAUGAAAACUUCAGAGCAAAUUAAUGAAAAUAUUUGUGUAGCUCUGGAAAAGCAAACAGCAUUGCUGAAACAGGUCAAACAUUUGAUUCGACAGGAGAUCUAUAGUAUAAAUUACAAACUAUUUGAUAAUAAGCUGAAAGAAUUGACCGAACGCAUUGGAAAGACACAGUGCAGGAAUAAGCAUGAAGCAAUAGCUGAUGAACUCUUCGCAAAAAUAUCAAAACUUCAAAGACGUAUUAAAGCAGUAUUGCAAUCUCAAAAGAAUUGCUUGGAACCAAAUGUAUUAACCAGUAAUACAGCCUGUAAGGUUACAAAUUCAGAGACCGUGAAUUUGGAAAAGAAUCCAGAGUCAGUCAGUAGUCCAGAUGAAGGACAGACUUCUGUGAGCUCUGAACCUUCCAACCCUUCAGCAAAAGCCAGUGAAAAGGUUAAUUUAUCAAGGGAUCACAGUGAGGCUGUUUCUGAAAGUAACGAUGAUGUUAUGUUGAUUUCUGUGGAAAGUCCUAAUUUGACAACUCCAAUCACAUCAAAUCCAACAGAUACUGGAAAAACUACAUCAGGAAAUUCUAACAAUUCUAAUAAUUCACCUGGUGCUGAAACAGAAGUUACGGCUGUAGAGAAGAAGAAAUUUGAAUCUGUGAUUGACCUGACGAAAGAAGCCCGAUCAAACUGCAACACAGGAAGUUCAGCAUCCACUGUGGAGUCACUUACCAAAGCUGCUUUGAUCUCAAAAGAGACAACCCCAGUGGCACAAAAUGCAGCCCAGGUUCUUGAGUCCUUUGAGCACUUGCCACCUCUCCCAGAGCCACUACCACUACUGCCUGAACUGGUAGACAAAAUCCGAGACACCCUUCCUCCCCAGAAGCCCGAGCUCAAAGUGAAACGGGUGCUGAGACCCAGGGGCAUCGCCCUGACUUGGAACAUCACCAAGAUCAACCCCAAGUGCGCCCCCGUGGAAAGCUAUCACCUCUUCCUCUGCCACGAGAGCCCUAACAAUAAGUUGACUUGGAAGAAAAUUGGGGAAAUUAAAGCUUUGCCACUCCCAAUGGCCUGCACUUUAUCUCAGUUUUUAGCUUCCAACAAAUACUACUUUACUGUCCAAUCAAAAGACAUUUUUGGUCGAUAUGGACCAUUUUGUGAUAUAAAAUCUAUCCCUGGGUUUUCUGAAGAUCUUACAUAGAAGUCAAGUCUUCAGUAAUUAUAUAUAUUGAACCGCAUCGUUUUGUUUGUUCGUAUUUGAGUUGUUGGUUUACAAUAUUCCUCUGACACUAGUCGCUGUCUUAAAGGGCCAGUCCCGAUUGUGAACCCUUUGUGUAGGUACAGUCCUCUGCCCUGUGUUGUAAGUGGCCUGUCAUUUCAUGAAUUUCUGGUUUGCGUUCAGUAAGUACUUCCUGAGGCUAUGUUCUACCGCACAUGCUCGCAUGGCCCGUGUCGCUAGGCAGUGCUGUGCACAGUACUGUGGCUGACUGCAGAGCUGGCACUUGUAUCUCUCCGGGGCCCUGGCGUGGACACAGCCACCGUUUCCUCGGCCGGCUGUCCGCUCUUGGUGACCUGCCUUUGUGGCCAGUGCAGCUCGGUGAAAAAUCCGCUCUUCAAGAGGCGGGAUCAUCGCUGGGGUGCAUCUGCCCAAGAUCUUAUGUAAAUAAGUACUUGUCUUCUCGUUCUGCCCCAAAUCGAAGGGCUAUUAAUUUGCCCUCUCCCUUAUUUUUCUUUUUUGUCUAUUCAGUCACUUGGGGAAAGAGUCUGGCGGUUUCCCCGACAUCUGUUUGUAUAUUUAGGUAAAUCAUAAAUUAGUUACCCGUUGUGUGCUGUGCACACAAAACCCAGAGCAUCUUUUCUAAAAAAGUGGCAUCCGACCUGCUGUUUCAGCUCCAGAAACUGGAGUUGUCCGCCUCCGGCUUAAGGCUUUCCUGUGUUGACCCUUUCCCGCUCC